AUGCCCUCCCGUCAGAGACCUGCUGCAUCCGGUUAUGCUCGCCUUGCGCAGGCUGAUGAAGAUGAUGGUCCAUUGACCGACGACUCCGGAGACGAAGACUAUGCUCAUGCACCACUCACCACCCGCUAUGCCUCCAUACAGCCCGCUCCACGAGAGGGCAUGCGCUCCGGUCCUUCUGCUCACCCCCGGAGAAAGCCAAAUAGAAGGACGAGAAGUAACUCCUCGGGAGUUGAUAUUAAGGCGAUCAAUGCAAGACUCGAACGAUGGGCAGAGGAAAUCGCUUCAAAGUUCAAGAUCAGUUCAGUCAGAGGAAAGACUCAAGAGGAGGAACAACUCGAGAUUCAUCACUCGGUUUUCCAGGCCCCUCCCGGGGUCCGCCCCUACACUGCUCAACAAAUUGCCGCCUAUUCUAAUGCGGAAUCGGACCGGAUGACAAAAUUCCAGUUCGACGAGGUCGUGGAAUCCGUUCGAGUGGCCAUAGAACUCGGAACUCAUCCCAAGAUGAUCUCGCAGGGCAGCUCAGGCAGUUACUUUGCGCGCAAUACCGAGGGAAAAGUCGUCGGAGUGUUCAAACCCAAAGAUGAAGAGCCAUACGCGUCGAGGAAUCCCAAAUGGACCAAAUGGAUACAUCGGAAUCUGUUUCCAUUCUUUUUCGGAAGAGCCUGUCUCAUCCCCAACUUAUCUUACGUCUCUGAAGCUGCGGCUUAUGUGCUGGAUUGCCAACUCCGAACGAACUUGGUACCUUACACAGACAUCGUCUGGUUAUCUUCGAAAUCCUUCUACUACGACUUCUGGGAACGACGGAGUAAUUGGCGAGGCAAGAAGAGCUUGCCUGCAAAAGUCGGCAGUCUUCAGGUCUUCUUGAAGGGGUUCAAAGAUGCAAAUAUAUUUCUGAGGGAAAAUCCAUGGCCUGACCAACAGACAAGACUUCCAACAGAGAUGGAACAUAAGCGGAAAAGGAGGCCGUUGACCAACUGUAUCCCUGGAGGUGCUCAGUCGGAAGACGAGGACGAAGUUCCGCGAGUGGCAUCACCCAUGCCACAGGAACACGCACCCAAGUUUCAUUGGACGCCAACAAUAAAGCAAGCCUUCCGCGAGGAGCUCGAAAAACUUGUCAUAUUAGAUUAUAUCAUGCGGAAUACCGAUCGAGGUCUCGACAACUGGAUGAUCAAGAUUGAUUAUAAAACAGAAGAGGUAUCAAUUGUGGCAGAACCACCAAAAACCAACGGUUCAAUGCAACCUGGGGACAAUACGCUUCGACCGGUAUCAGUCAGCCCAAGACCAGAGUCAAAUACUUCACGACCCUAUCGGAGGUACGAAGCAAUGGAGAGCCGUUCAGGAACACCUUCAAAUGCACAUGACCAACCUCAACCUUCAAUAUCUCUGGGGGCCAUUGACAACAGUUUGUCGUGGCCUUGGAAGCAUCCGGAUGCUUGGCGUAGUUUCCCGUUUGGAUGGCUUUUCCUUCCAGUCUCUUUAAUUGGGCAACCCUUUUCGAAGAAGACACGUGAUCAUUUCCUACCUUUACUUACAUCGACCGCAUGGUGGAGUGAGACUCAAAUGGCCUUAAGAAGAGUGUUUGCUCAGGAUGCCGAUUUCAAGGAAAGCAUGUUCGCACGUCAGAUCGCUGUCAUGAAAGGUCAGGCGUGGAAUGUCGUUGAAACACUCAAACAAGAGGACCAUGGGCCUCUCGAACUCACCCGUCGGACCCGAGUAUGUGUCUGGGACGAUCUUGUCGACGUCCCAGUGGCAAUCCCGAUGCGUGUGCCAUCAGGAGAGACGAGUAGGAGGAAAACCCAAGUCGACCAUGAAGAAGAAGAAAUGGACAUUGGAGCAUCAUAUGCGUCCGCACCACCGGGUCGACACGCACCCGCACACGAUCUCCUCGGCUCACCCACAAAUGAACUCCCCAAUCCCAACCGCUUCGACCUCACCCGCGAAGACGUCGCCGGUGACAUAUCCCACAUUCCCGACGAAGGGCCCAGCAGUCCUCUUCAGCCAAGCAACAAUCCCUUUGACGCGCGAGAAGCACGCAAUUCCCUCGGCAACAGCGCCACACUACCCACACGACCGAACCCUAAGAAUCGCUCCCGCUUCAGCUUCGAGUUCCCACGCCAGAGCGGCCUCAAAGCUAAUACCCUCACUGGUCUUGGAGGUGGCAAUAGCGUCAAGAGACAACGAUCCCUGUCGACACGCAGCGGCAAACAACCACAAUUUCUCUACGAGGGCGACGACCUCGAAGGCGAUCUGGGCUACGCGGCUGCAAGCGAUAUGGAGCAGAACAAACGCAAAGUCAUCGUCGAGAGGCUGGAAACCGUCAAGAGCAAGAAGCCGGUCUUCACUUGGUGUUAA